AAGUGCGUGUGACGGGCCCCGCCCCAGCGGAGCGGUGUGCGGACGGACGGACGGACGGAUGGCCGGCGGCGGACCUCUGCAGCUGAGCAGCGCUGGGAGUCGGAGAGAUGUUUGAGAACUUCAAGGAGCGGCUGCUGAGUGCGCAGCAGGAUCUAAGCAGCGGUUUAAAGACGCUAAGUGACAAAUCUAAAGAAGUAAAAAUUAAGAAGCCAAGGAGUACAAAUGAUUUGCCGAAGUUUUCUGCAGGAGCUGAAUUACUAAGCAGUUCUUGCAAGCAAAUGAGGUACGAGAAUACAUGGGCAGCCCUUCACAAACGAGCUGAGGACUGUGCUAAAGCCGGAGAGGUAGUAGAUGGCAAAGUGGUGGUACUAUCUGCAUACUGGGAGAAGAAAAAGAAUCACUUAAUGGAACUGCAGGAACAGCUCCAAGAGAUUCCAGCAUUAUUAGUAGGCCUGGAUGCCCUGACAGCCAAACUUGCUCAGUUAGAAGAAGAGUUUGAAGAGCUGGAGCGACACUUGCUAUAUUUGGAAGAUAUCUGUGAACAAUGUGAUAUUGAGCAUUAUAAGCAACUACAAACUCUACAGCUGGAGAACUACAAGAAGCAAAAGAGGAAAAAAAUUGAAGCAUUGAAAGUUAAGUUGGAUGAAGAACAUGCUCAGAAAGUGCGAGAUAUGGAGAACACACAGCAGCAGAAAUUGAAAGAGCGGCAGAAGUUUUUUGAAGAGGCCUUUCAGCAGGACCUAGAGCAGUACCUGUCUACAGGAUACUUGCAGAUAGCGCAGAGACGAGAGCCCAUUGGAAGCAUGUCCUCUAUGGAGGUUAAUGUGGAUAUGCUGGAGCAGAUGGACCUAAUGGAUAUGUCUGAUCAGGAAGCAUUGGAUGUUUUUCUCAACUCAAGUGGAGAAGACAACAAUGAGAACUCGCCAGUAUUAGGGUCCGAGUCUGAGCCAUAUCAAAGUGAAAUAACACUGCAAGUGCCAAGCCAAGCUGAACUAAGGUUAAAAUUAUCUUCUCUCUCUUCCACCUCUGCUGACUCUACCAGCCACAGUGCAAGUGAAAAUAACACACCACUGGUCCAGUCUGAUGAAGAGGAAGUUCAAAUAGACACCUGUCUGGUUGCAAUAAACUCAAACCCAAAAGAGAACUCUGACAGUGACUCUCAGUAACAUAGAGAUUAUUAUUUCAGGUGGCUUGUCAAAAGUUAGCUGAAUACUGCAGAAUCAAGGAGCUACUGUGUGAAAGAUUUAACAAAACUAAUCCAGAGCCUUUUACCUUUUCUAAUUUGAACAAGCAAAUCCCUAUUACCCAGUGCCCUUGGAGAUUAACAUUGGUAAUUAUAUGCACACAUUCUGUAACAAAUUAUUACUGAUUACCUGUUUUCUUUAAGUACAGAAGCUCAUUUUCUAAGGCUUGACUAAUGAAUCCUCUCCCCCAUAUUUGCUCAACACAUUUGGGUUAUGCAUUUUCAAAUUAUAUAUUGUACAAAGGGUCCUUUUGCCUGCUUGAGUUUCUCCUCUCCUCCUUCCCCCCCCCCCACCCCCACUAUAGUUUAGAACUAAUUGUGUUAGAAUUCUGACUGAAGAAGUUGUGCACUUUAACAUUCAGUAAAUAAAAGAGUUUUGCAAUA